AUGGCCCCCCAAGAGCCUGUUUCAUCGCAUAACCCGGCUGACCCCGCCCUUGUUUUGGCCCAAGAACAAGCCUUGGUAUUUCCCAGCUUUACGACAACCACGGCAUGGACACUUGGGGUGGCGCUACGAUCCCACAUACUGGCUUUGCCCGCCCACAAGAGACGACCAGCCGUGAUCUCCAUCUGCCUGUCUGGCUCAUCAGCUCCGCAGUUAGUUUUCCACUGUGCUACAGAGCCGGGAACCCGAGUAGACCAUGUUCUUUGGCUUAAGCGCAAGACGAAGACAGUCCUCCGCUGGCAGGUGUCUACCUGGUACCUCCACUGCCGGUUGAAGCCAACUCGUGCAAAUGAGUCCGUGUGUGUCGGGCCUUCAGUUAUGGAGGGAAUAGAGGUGUUGGCUGAGCAGUUUGCUCUGUCACCGGUGGAACGAUACGAAUAUGCCUUGCAGGCGGGUGGGUUUCCGAUUCGCGUGGAGGGAGUCGAAGGGGUCGUGGGGGUAAUUGCUGUGAGUGGGCUGCAGGAGGAGGCUGCCGACCACGAGGUCAUUGUUGCUGCUAUACGGGAAUUCCUAGAUGGAAAGAAAGAAGACAGUGGUGCGAAUGCUUCCUAA